AGUACGCAGUUGCAAUUUGCAUUCCAAUCCACACCCCCAAAAAAGAAUCUCUGUCGCCGCCGGCGCCGCCGCCACCGCCGCCUGCGCCAUGUUCCGGCUCCGAGAGUCCAUCCUUUCCCAUAUUCUCUCUUCUCCCUCCAAAGCUGCACUAUCCCCACUCCGCCGCCUGCUCUGCGGCCCCGCGUCGCCCCCAGUUUCCCCGAACCCUAGUAGCUUCGCCGUGGAGGACUACCUCGUCGGCACCUGCGGGCUCACCCGUCCCCAAGCCCUCAAGGCCUCCAAGAAGCUCUCCCACCUCAACUCCCCCGCAAACCCCGACGCCGUCCUCGCCUUCCUCGCCGGCCUCGGCCUCUCCGGCGCCGAUGCCGGCGCCGUCGUCGCCAAAGAUCCGCACUUCCUCGGCGCCGAAGUGGACAAAACCCUGGCCCCCGUCGUCGCCGGGCUAACCGGCCUCGGCAUGUCUAGUCCUGAGAUCGCUCGCAUCGUCUCGCUCGCCCCCGACGGCUUCCGCCGUAGAUCCAUACUCUCCAGGCUGCUCAAGCGCUCGUCCUGCCUGUUGUUUUCGGACCUCGACAAGGUUGUCAAGCCCAAUGUUGUGUUCCUCAGGGAGUGCGGGCUAGGUGAUUCUGAUAUUGCCAAGCUGUGUAUCCAUGGGCCGAGGAUGCUCACCACCAACCCGGAGCGCGUCCGGGCGAUGGUGACAUGCGCCGAAGGUAUAGGCGUGCCCCGUGGCUCUGCGAUGUUCAGAAAAGCCCUACAUGCUGUCGCAUUCCAAAGCAAGGAGAAGAUUGCCGCCAAAGUGGACUACUUGAAGAAUACGUUCAGGUGGUCUGAUGCCGAAGCUUGCAUUGCUGUGCGCAAGUAUCCGGGUGUGCUGAGGAAGUCAAAGGAAUCUCUGAACCGCAGGUCCGAGUUCUUGUUCUCUAAGGUGGGGCUGGAACCCGUGUACAUUGCUCAUCGACCGGAAAUACUUUCUUAUAGCAUGGAGGGCCGACUCAGACCUCGGUACUAUGUUAUCAAGUUUCUCAAGCAAAAUGGACUGCUAGAUUGUGACUUGAGCUUAUAUAGCGCGAUCAAGAUGACUGAGAAGGUAUUUGUGGAGAAGCUCAUAUGCCCUCACAAGGAAGCUGCACCACACCUCGCUGAAGAUUAUGCAGCAGCUUGCAAAGGGGAAGUGCCAACUAAUUUCAGAUUUACAUGAACAAAAAAGGUCUAUGGAAAUUGGUUACAGUGUAUGGUGCAACAAAGUUACCACCCUGCGUGUAAGCUGUUAGUACUUCCUGUUUCGGUGUUCUUUUCCUAAGAUGAUGUUGGUUGUUUUCUGUGGCAUGCCUGUUGCUAAAUGCUUACUCCCUAUGAAACUGAUAAUUUAAUUCCUCAACCCCUGUUUGUUCAGGUUGUCAUUCCUUAGAGAAUAUCUCUCUAAAUGAGAAGUUCAUGGAUAUUUUGUCUUUCUGAGUUCCAUUAAAGAUCUUGGAAAUUUGAUAUGUGGGUUGGACCAAUUUUAUGAUGAACCAAGCAUUCACCAAAAGAGUAGCGUUGUGUCGUUUUCCACUAAAAUGCAUCAGUUUGAUCUGCCAAAAUUUAUUUAUCAUGCAUGUUCAUGUUCAUUUCCAUGUCUUUUAGCUUCCACUGUAUAUCGAUUAGUACCAACUUUGUUUAAUAUUUAGGUUAGACUUAGAGACACUGAGACCUUCUACCUGUUGUCCACCCAUUAUAUGAUACUGCGACCUUCUGCCGGUUUUCCAUUCUAACAUAAAGAGUGGCAAGUUGUUGUGUUUUGUGAUGUAAUUAUGUUUCCUGGUUGUGUUUAAUGAGCAAUAGGGGUAACAAUCCCUGCUACUGUCACCAUGCCAUUAUAUACAAACAUUUUCCCUGUUCAGAGACACGAAAUAUGACAGCCAUUUAGAUCUGACAAAGAAGAGAAAAUUGCAGCAAUUAGUUGUGUGGAUGUUUCCAUUCAGGCGUCAGGCAAAAAUGUAAAUGUGAUUGAGGCUGGUGAGUUGUGCUUUCUCAGGUUUACAAGCAUUGUUCACAGAAACACAAAACUGAAUUUAUAUACUUAGGCCUGCAUGAUUGUUUUCCUUUUGCAAGUUGACUACAGCUGUUGAUGCCUAUUGGGGUUAUUUAUAACAGUCCAAAUAUAUGACUUAAAACUUAGCAUCGUGUUGUGCCAUGAGUUUUCACCUUUUGUGUUUUGGUUGCACAUUCUUUUCGGGUUUACUUUUCUAUGAGGUGAGCCCUUUCAGAAACCUGCAUCGUGUUGUGCCACAACAGUUUACUGUUAUAUAACUUCUAACUUGCAGCUACAAUAAUUUAACAAGUAUCGACAUCUUGCAAAGGAAAAGAGUAUCCGCAUCCAGUAUCUGACAUAUAAAUUCAGUUAUUUCUCUACACUGGUCACAAAGCAGGAUACCUAUGAUUUGGUGUUGUCAGCAUGCUCCUUAUAGUUACGGUUCUGCUUUACCUAAUGUAUUUUGCAAAGACUAUGACUAGUUGACUACAGAAUCUGACCAUAAUACGCUACAUGAAAUAAAAAUUGCAAGCCAAAUUUAAUGAGCAGUUGUCAGUCUUGGCAAAAGCAGGGACCUAAGCGAUCAAAUCAAAGGAGAAAGAGGUUGAAACCAGGGGAGAAGAUCACAGCAACCACCAGGAGAAAAUAUGUCUCCAUUUUUCAUGACCCGAAUACCUUGAAAUUGAUGUAGUAGGAGGAUGCUGGUACAUGUUUGGUCUUCAGUGCGCCACCAAAAAAAGCUUGCUGAUGGGAUGCAAAGGAUAAGCUUACUUGAGGUGUUAGCAAAAGCAGAGCCUAGGCGAUCAGACCAAAGGAGGAAGGAGGACUGGGAAGGAUGGAAAUCGUAGCAACCACCAAG